AUGCAGCAUCCAUCCUGGAGACGAUGGCUUCGUCGUGGUGGGCUGAUACACUGCCCUUGUGCGAAUCUUUCUCGCUUCACCUUCGGAGCUGCUUUGACGGAAUCGACUCCACCGGCUUGGUGGCUGAAGGGCCGGCCCCGGAACGUCUUUCAGAGUAAGGCUGAGGUAGAGCUCCUCUCCCAGCUGGCCGUGCUGCUCAUGCCGGAUGAGCCCAUUGCCGAGGCUUUCCGCGACUUUCCGGUUCAGAGGUGCCAAGAGUGGGGUUCCAGCAGAUUGUGCCCAGAUCUCGCGGCGCACGGUGUGCUGAAAACACCUGGUGCGGCUCUGUUCAUCGAGUACGAUGGCUAUUAUCGUCACAUGGAGCCAUUGGGCCUGACCAGGGACGUGCGCAAAACAAGUGCGCUGCUGAAGUUCGCCCCUGUGGGAUCUAUCGUACUACGCAUCGCGCACAAGGAGCGGCAGUGGAAGGACAACUCCGUGCAAGUAUUGGUGGACGGUUGGCAGUCCGAGCACGUGCCCUCGCUUCGCAAAACGGUGAGGCAAGUUGUAGCUUCUUUGCUGCAGUCUUGUCGCGCCGAGCUGGUGCCCGGGCUUGUUUCACGGCUGGAGGCACGUGCCCCGCCGCAAAUCGACAGGCAUGCAAAAACCUUUGCAGUGGACGCAGAGUUGGUGGGCAAUGCGUCUAGCAGCAGCAAAAGGCUAGCAGUUCAAGAGUUUCUUCAGACUGAGAUGCAACUGACAACAGUCCAGGUCGCCAAGUCGAUUGCUAGGUUUCCUUCAGUGCUUGGCUGCAGCAUUGAGGCGAAUCUAAAGCCGAAGGUCCAAUGGAUCAAGGGGCUAGGCUUGAGCCAGUCGCAGGUUGUCAAGGUGAUCGCGAGAUUUCCUGCACUGCUUGGUUACAGCAUUGAGGCAAACCUGAAGCCAACCGUGGACUGGAUCAAGGGGUUGGGCCUGAGCCAGUCGCAG